GAUCUUUUCGAGGUUGGAAACAAAUCCCUAACGAACACUUUUUCGCGUCUGAUAGUCUCAAGGGCCAUACCAGGCAAUCAUCAUGGGCUGCGGAGCAUCUUCAGCCGAUACCACUCGUACCAAUGACCCGACAUGGAAGGGUCAGGUCAAGGGAGAAACCAUCAUUGCAGGGGAUCCCCUGGAAAGCCUCCACAUUAUCACUCUGAUUUCUUCUGCGGAAGCAAAGGAGAUCUCCGACAAAGAUUGCAAUGAGAUCUGCAGCAUCCUAGCCAGCGAGACGGGACUACCUCCAGGCAACUUCAAGAUCCUACAGAAUUGUGUCAUCAUGAACCACCUUCACGUGAGCAUCGCAAUCAACACGUCGAACUGGUUAUCUGUCUACCCUAAGAUCGAACGGAAGGUGCAAGAGGAACAAGGCCCCUUCCGCAAGUACAGCAUAGAAGCUUGCGCGACGGGGUCUACAAAGGCUGUGAAAAUUCCAAACAAAGAAGAAGAGACGACGAAAAGAGGAGAUGAGAAUGACGAUUCCGUCGAAGACCUCAGGGAGAAGAUCCAGGAGUACCAAGACAUGGUGCAAGACCUUCGCUUUGAUCUCGAGCAAGCCAAAAGAGCGUCCAUGGCUUACAUUCAGGUGGUGGAAGAAGAGAAGGAGGAAUUCAAGGACAACAAUGCAGAUUUAGCGUUCGAGCUGCGACAGGCGAAGGCUGCAGCUCAGCAUUACUCAGACAUGCUUCUUCAGGAGAAUGCUCAACUAAAACACGAGCUGGAAGAGCUCAAGAAGUCCAGCAGUCAAGCCAGUAUGCCGGUUGGAGAUUCGUGAAGUUAAUUGAAAGAUAAGAUUGUGAAUAUGUUGGUUGAGAGGAGAAAGACAUUAGUGUAAAUCGAAAUAAAAAGUGUCUGAUUUUAUCAUC